UGGCGCGGCAGCGCAAAACCCGCGGAUACGCGAUCCGCCUCGACGUUUCCUCGCCGAAGAGGGUGUCUCGCAGGGACAUCAAUUAAUUCGAAGAUCGUAGAACGACUCGUCGUUCGGCCGUCCUUUAGGAUUUGCGCCCGAGGUCCCUAUGGUAAUUCGUUUACGGCCGGUUAGCGUUAAUAGGAUUUUCCGGGGAGGUCUGCAGACGACGCUGCGCGAGAGAGAGAUCACCCAGGAGGAGGGCGAGAGAAAGGGACGGAGCGAGUAACCGGUGACAGUCAAGUUUUCCAUCACUGUGGCGCCGGCGGUAAUCGAAUGAUAGAUUGAGACCGAAGCGGCGAUUUCGGAGAGGCUGCGGCGCGCACGGCUGCCAGCGGGAUUGUAAAUCGGUAGGUCGUCCAGGAGCCGACGCGAACCCGGGCCAAAGUCUUCCCCGGGACCCGGAGACGUCGCGGGCCGCCUCGAGACGCCGAGCGCGCCUCACGCAAAACCCGCUCGAAUGACGAUGACGGUCUGCUGAAGACUCUGCUCCGCCGACUUGGAAGUCAUGGCGAACAUCGCGGCCCAGCGAAUCAAACGGGAAUUCAAAGAGGUUAUAAUGAGCGAGGAUGUUGCCAAAUGUGCAAUUAAAGUUGAAUUAUUGAAUGAUAGUUUUACGGAACUCAAAGGAGAAAUUGCUGGUCCACCUGAUACACCGUACGAAGGAGGUAACUUUAUGCUAGAAAUCAAAGUGCCCGAAACGUAUCCAUUUAAUCCACCUAAGGUGCGAUUUAUAACAAAAAUAUGGCAUCCCAACAUAUCAUCUGUAACAGGAGCCAUUUGUUUAGAUAUAUUAAAGGACCAAUGGGCAGCAGCUAUGACAUUAAGGACAGUUUUACUGUCGCUGCAAGCUUUGUUAUCAGCUGCCGAACCCGAUGAUCCACAAGAUGCUGUCGUAGCUAAACAAUACAAAGAACAACCUGAAAUGUUCCGUCAAACUGCCAAACAUUGGACGUCUGUAUACGCGGGUGGUCCAGCAAAGAUGCCUGAUCUGGAUGAUAAAAUUAGGCGACUAACAGAUAUGGGCAUAGCCGAACAUAAUGCGAGAGUCGCACUGUCCUCUUACAAUUGGGACUUGGAACGUGCCACCGAGCAACUCUUUAGUUAGUAAUGGCUAAGCAUCUCCAUGAGUGCUCAACUGACUACAAUUGUCCACCGUCUCGAAACGUCACAUUCGUAAGCAAAAUGACAUUGCACUUUCUGCCCAGCAAGUUUAGCGCUCCUGAUGACAAUAUUAAAAUCACGACACUACUCCAAAAAUAAUCUUGAGCCAUUUUAUUCAUAGCCGUUUAUUUAAUUUGUAAAAUAGGCAUGAACAAUAAUAAUUAAUAAAACUCUUUAAGUCAACGUUUCAAUAAGAUUAUGCUUUCAAAUGGUAGCUUCGAGCCAAGGCAUUUUCGAGUUAAUUGAGUUACGCUAGUAGGUUGGGAUUUGUAAAGACGAUUCGAUAUGCAAAGCAUGUUUUCAAAGUUUCAUCGAUCUUCAGUCUAUGCUUAAAUGUCAGUGGUUAUAAAAACAAGGAUUGUAGGAUAAAGACAUUAAUCUAAUUCUUACAAAUGGCAACAAAUUGUACAUAUAUGUUCGAUACAUUAUUAUUCUUCUCAUAUGUAGAUCUUAAACAAUUUUUAAUAUACUGUUAUCGAUCUUACAAUGCCUUCCAUUCGGAUCAAAAGAGCUUCACCCUUUUUUUUAGGCUCUAGUUGCUUUUUUCCAUAUCCUUUUGGUGUACCAUUUGUAACACUCUUUAUCGACUUUCUUAGGAAAAGGAUCACGUAACCACGGAUAUCAUUGUACCCGGGUUUAGACUAUUGUUUGACGUUUACCCGUUCGAUCGUCUGAAAACUAUAACAACAAUCUGAUCUCGCACGAUCAGAUCCGAGAUGUACAUUUGAAAUAGGAAUCAAUUUACUUAGCCCUAGGAGACAUGUAAAAAGAGCCAUACACACACCUUAAAAAGUUACGUCGUUAGUGUUAAACCUUUUUGUACAUUUUUGGUGUUGGUCGUAUACCGGAAGCAAAGGUCUAGUUUUUCUUUUUUUUCCUAUUCAAAGCAGAUUACAUUCCAGGCACAAGAAACGAAUUGUACUCACUGACUUGCGAUUUGAUUUCCACUCACUGCCGGGAUGCAAGCAAGCUUCCUUAGAUUUAACAGGAUUUUGUAAAAUAAGGAAAGAGAGAAACUUAACGAAGUGGUUCAUAGCGACCUUUUACGCGAGCGUUUCAGGCAUAACCUUAAGUACCCAUUUGACCAUCACCAUCCGUCUGAUGCAUGUAAUCGCGAGGAUACAUAGCACGAUAUUGUAAAUCUUGACCACUGCGGUACUUUAAGUAUCUUAAGUCGGACACCUACACGUUAAACAGUUUGUGCCUGGUUGGUAUUGUACAAUAAAUCAAAUCAUGAAUGUAUUAAAAACUCGUAGCCGUA